AAAAAAACACCGAAAAAAGGAAAAAAAACACCACAAUAUGACAAAAACGAAACCCACAACACCAUCAGAUGUCAAUAUAAAAAUUUUGAUUGCGAAUUUUGAUCGACAACUGUAGCGGCAAACAAGAACAAAAGAAGCCCGAGUUUUUAGGGGGAGAAAACAGGCUUUUCUGCCGGCAUUCAGGAUCAAUCCUUCGCUUUUUAGGGUUUCGUUCCCCAGCGUUCUUCAUUAGUUCAUCGAAGACAACGAUGAACGCCGUUUUGGCGCAUGUCAAACGUUACUCUGUUCCCCUUGUUCUUUUUGCCCUUGGCCUCUUCUUCCAACUUGUUGUUCUCCCGUCUUCUUAUCCUUCAUCGCAUUACGAUGUUUUGCUCGUCAGAAGGUUUGCGCCUGUGGAGGAAAUAGAGGAAGCUUACAGCAAGCUAUCCUCCAAGUGGUUUUUGAAUUUGGACGUGCCAACUGUCCCUGAAUUUCUUAAGAUUCGCUAUGCAUUUGAGCUAUUGACUAAUCCAUUAUGGAAGAGGGAUUAUGACCUUUUUGCUAUUGAUGAGCAGCAGCCAGUUAUCAAUGAGGCCAUUAGACAAUAUGCAGGGCAAGACUACUCAAAAGUCAAUCUUCCAUUACUAGAUGGAACUCCACCUGACUCAAUGGAUCAAGAUUUAAACAUCUUGACAUCUGAAGAAUUUAAGUCCAUCGUUGGAGGAUCAAAAGCAGUGUUGAUACAGGUUUUUUCAUUUGGAAGUCACUAUUGUGCAAGAUUUAUCAAUAGCUGGAAGAGAAUAGCUGCUUUACUGGAUGGGGUAGCGAACACUGGCUUGGUGGAACUUAAAAAUGUGCAACUUGCAACCUUCUUUGCUGAGCGAAAUGCAUUGAAUCAACCAAUUUUCCGAAAAGGUUUACCUGCUCUUAUCGCAUUUCCUCCUUACUGUGCCAAUUCAGAUUGUUAUACAAGGUACAGUGGAGAUUUUUCAGUUGACGCAAUUGUUGAUUGGUUGGCAACAACUGUACUUGAUUUACCUCGGAUUCCGUAUUAUUCAAAAGAAUCUCUGGUUCAAAAGUUUUUUUCAGCUAGUGGCAGCCAUAAGGUGAAAGUAAUUUUCUUUUCAAAAACUGGAGAACGUGCUUUUCCAUUCCUCCGCCAAGCUGUGAAAGACUACUCAUCAUAUGCAUCAUUUGCGGCUGCUUUGUGGCAACAAGAAGAGUCUUCUAUUUGGUGGAGCAUGUUUCAAGUGGAUUCAGCUCCUGCUAUUGUGUUUGUAAAGGAUCCAAGUGUCACUCCUGUUGUUCAUCAUGGGAGUCUGAAUAGUUCCCUGUUUUUUGAACUAAUGGAGAAAAACAAAAAUCAAGAGCUGCCACAAUUAAGAAGUGCAAAUUCUAUGGAGUUAGGCUGUGAUGCUAGAGGUUUUUCUCGUGCUGGAAAUUUUGCUGAAACUUGGUAUUGUGCAAUUGUUGCUGGUCGACCUGGUCUUGCACUAAACAAAAUGAGGGAAACCAUGCGUGGGAUCCAGAGAAUAUUAAGAGAUGAUUUUGGUGCCAAUGGAGACAAGGCUUCGGUUAAAGCUCCUGCAGCUGCUACUGCAGUGAAAGAGAAACGACUUACAUUUGCAUGGCUAGAUGGGGGAGCUCAGAAGGUUUUUUGCUUGUUUUAUCUGCAUAAACUUGAGAACAUCUAUGAAACAUGUGGACCUAGUGAGUAUGAUUCUAACAAUAGGCCACGGCUCUUUGUUGUCCGUUACAAAAGAAAUUCAUCGGAGGAUGAAGCAAGGGCUAAGAGAAAGCCUAACAAUAUUUGGAGUGCAUUUGAUGGGGAGGAUUCCAAUCUUGCAUCUCAAAUUGUAGCCAUAUAUAAUGGCUCUAUUGACACUCAAGAGGUUAUUCAGUGGUUAUCAUGGAUAGUAGAGGAUGGCGAUAAGAGCACCACACAUCCUUAUUUUAUUGGAGCAGCUCCUUCUCUGGUUCCGGAGGAUUCAACUUCUUUUGUUUCGAAGAGUGCCAGGAGUAUGUUCUCUGCCAGCAAUGGAAUAAAAAAUAGUAUCCAUCACAUUGCUAUUGUCAUCCAUGGUUACUCGAGAGAUCCUAGAAUCGGCCCAGUUUUACUUUUAUGUGCAUGCAUAUCAUUUGGAGCCAUUUGGAUUCAGUCGAACACUGUGCCAGCACAGCUUACUGAAGUGGAUUGUGACGGUAAAUCAGCACCAAGAAAUCCGUCUAAUCGUAGAAGGAAAGGAGGAUCAAGCCGCAAUGUGACACCAUCCAUCACUGAUGCAGAACCAAAAGAUGCUAAUCAACUGUUAUCAGACUCUAACUCGGACUAGCCACUGCACACAGCUCAAGUUGCUGGCUUCACUGUAUAUUCAUUUGUUAAUCCAGACUUGAAAAGGAAUGCGCAUAGUUUCAUUGGGAGGAACAGUUUUGUGGGUUUCCAAGCUUUGAAGAUUGCCGGCAAUUUAAACAUUUAUUCCUAUGAAGUUAUAUUUGAGGUACGAAAGCGUCAUGUUUGGACUAUGGCGCAUUUUACUUGACAGUUUUGUCUUGUUUGUAAGAUUAUUAAUGUUUAUAUUGAUCAUAUCCUGAAAAAAUAAUGUUAUUUUGCAUGUA